AUGGCGGAAGCCUUCUUGCUGCUCAUGAACCGCCAGAGGGCGGUGCCUCUCGACGAGCCGCGAGCUGCUGUGGCUCAACCUGCUGCGGCCAGGGUUCGAAGCUUGAAUCCUCAGCGCAACACCUUCUGGUUGCGCCAGAUCUCCUUGGACGCUCCGCCUGGACAGUACUUGAGCGUGGAGAGCCUGAGGUUGGCGCAGGAGUCGAUGCAAGACCUCCUGACCGUGCAGCUCCCGUUCAUGGUGAAGAUCGUCAUGCACGUGCGCCUUUCGGAGGAGAUCGUGGAUCCGGAGAGCGGCGAGCGGGAGAUUGUCUACAGCGAGCGCCGCAUUGCCACGGUGCCCUCGUUGGUCCGGCCGCUCGCAAACCCCGACGAGAGGCUUCGUCGCUACAUCGUGUCGAUGGCUCAGAGGACUCUCGAAGAUCGCCUGGAGCAUGCUAGGUUCCACAACUCGCUCCAGAAGUUCGAGGGCAUCAUCGACAUGCAGAUCUACACGACUCCGAGCCGGGAGCUCGCUCAGCUUCCUGCGGCUCCUGGCGCAAACUUCGCCGGAGGCUGCUGGAAGGAGUUGCCGGAGCUCUUGAAGCACGGCAAGAAGGGGCUCUGGUCCCCCAAGAACGCCGACAACAAGUGCUUCCGCUACUGCGUGAUGGCCGAGCUCCUGGGUUGUCGCGACUGGGGCAAUGAGUAUCGCAAAAAGGUCUCCGAGUGCAGAGGGCGACCUUUCUACGACCUCCCGAACGGACGCCCUAGCAAGAGGAUGCGACUUUCGGAUCCUGUCGGUGUUUAUGUCAACGAGCAAGCCAUCGACUUCAGCAUGCUCCCGGAAGAAAGCGCGGUCGCCUUCGAGGACAUCGAGAAGUUUGAGCUCGGGAACGCUGGCUUGGUGGAGAUCUUUGUGUACCAGUGGUCGCGAGUGCCGUGGGUCAACGACGACUUCCACUUCCUCAUGCCGGUGCGUUCCCCCUCGCUGGAAACCCAGGCCGCGCGUUCGAUACUACUCCUGCAUCACGACAACCACUACGUGCUCAUCUACGACUUCAACCAGCUUUCGAGCACUCGCAGUCUCUCGUUUCCGGAGAGUCAGCAGGCAAGCACACACCACUCCUGGAACCGUUGCCAUCGUUGCAUGGGCAACUUCAAUAGCCCAGAAGCGCUCGGGCGACACUUGGCUGGGAGGGUGUGUUCUGAGGAUCCCGGCAAGCGCCAGGUGGAUAGGAUGCUAAUGCCGGAGAGAAGCGCCGCCACGCUCCACUACAAGGCCGGCCCUUCAGCUGCCAUGCAUCCCUGUGUUUGCUACGCCGACUUUGAGACCUUCAACACCAAGGCGCCCCAGCAACUUGCCGGUCAGAGCGUUCUAGCCAAGCAGGAUCGAGUCGCAUCCUUUGCGUACAUGGCGGUCGGGCGUUGCGGCUUCCAGGUCCCCUCGUUACAUCGACUUCGGCUGGAGCGGGCGACCGAGGAGUCUGGCGAGUUCGGCAUCGUGGAGCUCUUCCUCCGCAGUCUUCUCGAGCUGGCCAAACGCUACCGAGAGUGGCGUCUGCGCACAAACAAGCCCUGCCGUAUGACUCAGGCCGACCAACGUCGCUUCAACCACGCCGAGACCUGCGAGAUCUGCGGCGGGGGCUUCGAGCAAGGGAAUCCUAAAGUGGCGCAUCAUGAACAUGGGACGGGCAAGUUCCUGAGUGCGGCUUGCAACAAGUGCAACUUGCUCAUCCGCCUGCCGACGAGCCUGCCCUGCUACUUCCACAACGGCGCCUCCUACGACUUCCACUACCUGCUCCGCUUCCUGGCUCAUGAGAAGGGUUAUGGGCGUCAUGAGGACUACAUCGCCGCGCUCCUCGCCGAGACCGCGGAGCUGGGCGCUCUGGUGAAAAGCGGGGAGAAGUGCUUGAUGCUGUCUUUCGGGCCUCUGCGCUUCCUCGACUCCUUGAACGUUUUCCCGACCAGCCUGAGCUCCUUGAUCGAAGACUGCAAGGCGAGCUGCUCGAAUCCCAGCGAAGCCUUUCCCCUGCUGGCGCGGCGCCAUCCCAUCUUCGCGGAGGCGGAGCGGGGCGCGUCCGAGCGUCGGACCAAGGUUUGGGAGUUGCUGCUCAAGAAGAUCCCGAUGCCGUUUGACGCUCUUUGUGAUCCGGCUUGCUGGUCGUGGCCGGCUUUGCUUCCUCGCGAGGCCUACGACAACACGCUCACCGGCGAGGCGUGCUCCGAGGAGAAAUACGAGACCGUCAAGCAGAUCGUCGAGUUCUUCGACUUCGAGAGCUUCGGCGCAUUUCAUGACACGUAUUUGCGCACAGACCUCGCACUGGGAGAUGUGAUGGAGCGGUAUCGAGACACGUUUUGGGACAACUUCCACCUCGACCCCUGUCAGUACAUCACGCACGCAUCGGCGAGUCAUGACGCCAUGCUACGCAAGUGCUGUCCUCGUCGGGAUCUCGGUCUCGGGCUCAUGACCGAUCGGAGGGUGCACGAGCUGACCAAGGCGAACAUCAGAGGAGGCCUCGGGCACAUCGCUCAGCCGUUUGCGGCGGCCAACAACCCCAUGUUGCCCGACUUCGAUCCCGCUCGAGAGCAGUCGUGGAUUCUGUUCUACGACGUGAACAGCAUGUACCCUUCCAUCAUGGAGAAGCCGAUGCCUACCGACGGCGGUCAGUGGGUCGAGAUGCCCGCGUCCAAGAAGGAGAGGCUGUGCUACCUCAACGCGCUCUUCGAGCGGGUGGACUACGAACGGGACGAUGAGGAGGUUUGCUUCAUGAUCGAGGCGAGCUUCGAUGUGCCGUGGUUUCGCCACUCUUGCGUGGAUUGGGCUCCUGUUUGCAAGAUGUCGGUGACGAGGUUGCAACUCAGCCCUUACACCCAGUCCCUCAUCCAGGACGCCGUCGACCUUCGGUACCUCAAGUUCAUCGUGGAGCACCUCGGCGUUCGGGUCUAUGACGCUCACAGCUGCGUGUCCUUCCGCUGCCAUACCUGGAUGAAGAGCUUCGUUCGCCAAACCGUGGAGACUCGCCGCGAGUGCAAGAAGAGCGGUCGCAAACUCCAAGUGGGAGUUCAGAAGCUUACGGGCAACGUCCAGUACGGCAAGAUGGUGCAGAACCAGGAGAACUUCAGGGCCACUCGCGUCUACACGGAGCGCGCGUUCUUGGCCUUCGUCGACGUUCAGAAGGCUGGCAAGGCGAAUGUCUUGAGAUCCUUUCUCCAAGGCGGCUGGAAGGUGCUGGAGGAGUUGCGCUUGCUGAUCAUGAAGGCGCACUACCGGAUCCGCCUCGUCUUCGACGGCGAUCUUCUCAAGAGCGUCGACCCGGCGGACGACCCGAGCGACUUGAAGCCCGAGCAGAGCCGCGUGAGAUGGCUGGGAGGCGACAUUGACAGCAGCGUCCUGCAGAUCUUCAGCGACCAAGACCCGAAGAUCGCCCUGGACGCCGCCCUGCUGGAGCACCUGGCUCCGUUGUGCGAGGAAAGCCGAGAGCUCCCACUUCGCCGCGCUGGCGAGCUCGGCAACUUCUCGGACGAGUUGGCUCCUCACUACGGCGUUGAGUGGGUCGGCUUGGCGCCGAAGAUGUACUCGCUUAGCAAGACAGAGGGUGAGAGCAAGGAGCGGGCCAAGGGCGUUCCGAAGAGCGAGCGCAAGAAGCUGGACCACGAGCUCUACCGGGCCCUCUUGGAGAGCGGAGGCGAGCACAAGGUGGAUUCC